CUGUUUUCCUUGCCGUACAGUAGUUGUCAUUGUUAGCUGCAUGUUUACUGCCAUUAAUGGUUUUAGACAGUGAUAGCAAAACAAGUUAAAGGUCUUGUAGAGCUUACCUUGUAUAGCAUAGGGCUACUUGUUGUUGCACUCUCAGGGAAAGGGAAAACUCUGGUAUUUGGUGACAAAUGUUGUAGGCUCUCGCUGUAUAUGGAGGAGUAAUAACUUCACUUCUGGAGACAGGUUUCAUUUCUGUUUGUCAUGUGACUCACAGACUGAGUAGGCUAGAUCAUCAUGGACAUUGAUGGAAAUAAACAUGAUUCGGCAUAGCUGUUAUCAAAACAUAGGUUAGUUUGUCAUUAGGUGUAGUGUUUUCAUGCAUUAGGGUCUGGUGAGUCGUGGCGAGUUAUUCUGCUGCCCAGGAGGGGUGUGGAACUCUACACAGUCACACUACAGCAAGAGGCGGGGCUGGAUAUAAGCUACGGUAUGAUGUUUGUUUUUAUAAUUUGAAUGUGCUCUUUUUUUCUUCUUCAGGAGAUAAGGAACUAUUCUCUACGAACUUUGUCUGAGUGUGGACUGUAGAAAUGCCUCCUGGGCCAUCUUUUGGCAAAUUAUAUUUGAUGCCCCUGAGGAUCUUUGUGGACUGCUUGUUACCAAACGGGAUGAUCCUGACCCUCGAGUGCCUUCGUGAGCCCACGCUCAUCGCCAUCAAACACUAACUGUUCAAGGAGGCCAGGAAGUACCCCCUGCAUCUCCUACUACAUGCCUCUUACAUAUUUAUCAGUGUUACACAGGAUGCAGAGCGAGAGGAAUUCUACGAUGAAACUAGGAGACUGUGAUCUCAGGCUCUUUCAGCCUUUUCUGAAGGUCAUGGAACCCAUUGGCAACCUAGAGGAGAAAAUUCUUAACAGAGAAAUUGGUAAGACUUAGGCUACUUACUACCCUGCCUCCUCUUUGUAGAGAGUAAAAAUAACUUUUAAACAGGCUUACGUUUAUAUUAGAUAUCUUCUAAAACAUCAUAUCAGUAAGUGAGUUUCUUUUGUUUCCGGAUUCGCAAUAUGUUUACCCUCCCAAUGUGGAAUCAACACAAGAACUUCCAAAGCACAUCCAUGGCAAACGGAACAAAGGUCAAAUCAUUGUAGUGAUUUGGGUGAUCGUCUCUCCCAACAACGACAAGCAGAAAUAAACCUUGAAGAUCAACCAUGAUUGUGUGCCAGAACAAUGGCCGAGGCCAUUCGGAAGAAAGCCAGGAGCAUGCUGUUGUCCCCCGAACAACUCAAGAUGUGUGUACAGGAGUACCAGGGCAAGUACAUGCUCAAAGUGUGCGGCUGUGACGAGUACCUCCUGGAUAAAUGCUCCAAGAGGUGGAACGAGUGGCUGACAUACGACAUGUACAUUCCAGACAUCCCCCGGGCUCCCGCCUCUGUCUCUCCAUCUGCUCUGUGAAAGGCAGGAAGGGGAAGAAGGAGGCAAGCACUCAGUUUAAUCAGACACCCCAGACCUUUAAGAGUAUAAAUGAUACCCACUGGCUAGAACAGUGUUGAAUGGUCUUACUUGAAUGACCCGAGGUGUCCUCUAUGUGCAUGUUGAAUUACUUAUCGACUUGUGGCGUGGAGAGAUCAUGGCUGUGUAACCUAGGCAUGAAGACUGUAACCAACACCUGGGCUGGGUGAUAUCACCUGAAUGUCGGAGAGAUGGGUUUUCGUGCCUAUGAUGAAUUAGAGAUAAAUGUCUCUAAAGGCCAUCCUUUGCGAGCAACCUACUUUACACCUCAAAGCCAAUUAACUUGAACUAAAACAUAGUCUGUUUGUUUGCCUCCUAUUCUUUUCAAUUCAAUUCAGUAUGACUUUUAUUCCACAAGGGGGCAAUUAGGAUGUUUGUGUUGUUA